UUCUGAGUAACCAUCGGCCAUCGCCACGUCUCCGCCGGUCGGCACCUCGUUCCUUUCCCUUCUCCGCGCCCGGGCGAGCUCACCGGCAGUUCAUCGCCCCGCCGCCUCCUCCCCUUCCGUCCCGGCGCUUCCGCCUCCAACGAUGUGCGCAGCCAGGCGUCUCGCAGCGGCAUUCCCUCGACUGCGAGCACAGAACCGCUUGUCCUCCUCCGCCGCCUCCCCACCCGCUCCCACCCCUUCCGCCGUCUCCGUCCUCGACGACCUCCUUUCGGCGCCCACCCCUUCCGCCUCCGCCCUCUCCCUCCUCCGCGACACGCCGUCCCUCUCCGAAGAGCUCUACUCCACCCUCGCCGCGCCCUCCCACGCCCUCACCCCAGCCUCCCUCGCGCUCCUCCUCUCCCUUCCCGCAUGCCACCGCAGCCCGCCUCCCUCGGCGCCCAUCCUCUCCGCCCUCUUAUCCAAGCUCCUCGCGCGUCGUCCCUCCUCUCCCGUCCAAGCCGCCGGCUUCCUCUGUGCCUCCCUGGCCGCUGGCGCCCCGCCGCCAGACACUUCCGUUUUCAACAAACUCUUAGCCCCGCUCGCUCGCGCCCGAGACCUCCCGAGAAUGACCCAGCUCUUCUCCUCCAUGCGGGGCGCCGCUGUCAGACCUGACGCCGUCACCUACGGCAUACUCGUCAAUGGCCUCUGCAAAUCUGGCCGCGUCGGGGAUGCCCUCAGGAUGCUCGAUGGAAUGUCUCAUUCAGACUCGGACGUGCGCCCAGAUAUUGUCACGGUGAACACUGUCGUGAACGGGUUGUGCAAGAGUGGGAGGGUUCAAGAGGCUGUGACAUUUGUGGAGGAGCGGAUGAGGAGUGUGCAUGGACGUGCACCCAACACAUUUACUUACAACUGCUUGGCCGAUGCGUUUUGCCGUGUGGAGAAUGUUGGCAUGGCGUGUGAGGUGGUUGGGAGGAUGGAGAGGGAGGGCCUGUCACCGGAUGUCUUCACUCUGAACAUGAUUGUGUCCGCCUUGUGCCGGGUAGGGAGGGUUUGGGCUGCGGUGGAGUUCUUCAGGGAGAAGAGAAGAAUUUGGCCUGAAGCCAGGGGCAAUGCGGUGACCUACAACACUCUGGUUCAGGCUUUGCUCCGCACUAAAAAUGUGGGUGUGGCCAUGGAGUUGUUCCAUGAGAUGACAGAAGAAGGGCCACCACCAAAGAAAACCAUGUAUUUCAUCAUGAUGUUGGGAUUGACACAAGCAGGGCGGUUACAGGAUGCUUGCUCCAUGGCGUCGUCGAUGAACAAGGCAGGCUUUCAGUUGGAUGCAAAAGUAUACAAUAUUUUGAUUGGUGGGUUUUGUAGGGAGAACAGACUGUCUGAGGCUCAUGAGUGGCUUUGGAAGAUGAAGGAAGCUGGUCUCCGGCCAGAUGUGUACACCUACACUACCUUGUUGUCUGGUUUGUGCAAAGCAGGAGAUUUCUUGGCUGUCGAUGAAUUGAUGGGGAAAAUGAUCCAUGAUGGUUGCCGGCCUUCUGUGGUCACCUUUGGUACACUUAUACAUGGAUAUUGCAAAGCUGGUAAAAUAGACGAGGCGUUGCAGAUUUUCGGGUCUAUGGAUGAAUCUGGUGUUCAGCCCAACACUGUGAUAUACAAUAUUCUGAUUGACUUUCUCUGCAAGAGCAGAAAUGCUAGUUUAGCACAUAAAUUGUUUGAUUGGAUGAGCGAGAAGCAUGUGCCCCCAGACGUAACAACCUUCAAUGCAUUGCUGAAGGGACUUCGCGAUACCAAUAUGCCUGAGAAGGCCUUUGAACUGAUGGACAGGAUGAGCGAAGAGAGGUGCACUCCUGAUUCUGUGACCAUUGAAGUUCUCCGGGAAUGGCUGCCUGACAUUGGUGAAACAAACAGAUUAAAUAAUUUUAUGCAGCAAGUAGGGCGUACGGCACCAAAAAGGACAACUUCAUAAGAAUAUGCUUAGUCAGCAUCAAGAACUUUGUUCAAAGGAGGGAGGCAUGAGUUUUGCUUCAUACUAAUCAAGAACUACAAUACUAAGGUGUAACUUGUGAUGGAAAGAGCCGCGUCGGCUAGAAUACCAGCUUCUGAAGUCUAGCUGGCCUAAUAUAACGGCUGCCCUUUUGAUCAAAAUUGUCUGCACCCUACAAUCAUAAACAGCCAGCAGUAUGUUCAGUUAUAGCCCAUACUGGGUUCUGCAGGGUCUCAUUCAUCACAUAUUCGACAGCUGCUCAAGUUUUUAUGGGCUAAUCAGGGUACUGUUGGUCCGGUACUCAUCAUCAGUUCCUUCUCAGUGUCUGGUGCUUCCCUCUGGCACCCAGUUCAACUUCAAAUCCAAGCUCCACCACCACCUUUUUGCUGCUACUGCCCGUGAAAUCCGUGUCCUCACCACCGCACUGCACAUGGGGAAUUGGCUGCCACGGCGUGUGUUCACGUGGCUAGCUCGUGCCGAUGGUGAGGGGGCUGAGGUACAAGAGGAAGGCAGGAGAGGAGGAUUAGAAGGAGUAUGAGGUGGAUGUGGUGCCUGACCGGUGGUAGAACAGCCACCUUGAGCUCAUGGGUGGCCUCCCCCCGCUCCGCUGCCUCAGCUGCUGCCUAGCAGCUGAUGGCGACGGCGAGGAGUGGGUUCUUCCACGGCCUCAUCACCCACCCCGACAACAAAUUGGAGUACCAUCAAGCUUGAAGAAGCCAAUGGUGCCUCAUUGUCGACAUGCACGUGCCGACCGCUGAAGCCUAAAGGAAUAAUCCACCUUACAUCAACGGAGGGAUAUACAUGGAUAGGGAGUUUGCAGUUAGGAGACUAGUUAUUCUCAUUCAGGGAGAUUGAUCAUUCCACGCGUUAUGUUACAUCAAUGUACUUUUCCAUCAUCACCAUAGCAACUGUUGGUAAGUUUUGGUCUCAUGUUUCAACAAAUAGUUUUGCUUCCCGUAAAUACCUUUUCUUUAGAAACCUAGCCUGGUAUUUUAAAAUGAUAAGAUAUUCUUUUCCCUCAUAGAUUAUGGUGACAUUCAUGGUGUAAAGGUUAGGGAAAUGAUAUUUAUCGUGAUUUAUGUUUCCUUUGAUAUGGUUUGUGGAGCUUACCUUGUUGGUAACAUGACUGUGGUUAUUGUGAAAGGCUCGGUAACCGAGCGAUUCAGGGACAAAAUCAAAGAAGUAAUCAGGUAUAUGAACAUAAACAAACUUGGAAAGGACACCAGGGAGCAGAUCAAGGGACAUUUGAGGUUGCAGUAUGGAAGCAGUUGCACUGAAGCCUCUGUACUUUGGCAUAUCCCAGUUUCUAUUCGUGCAAAGGAGAUGAUUUAUAUUUUGGAUAUCUUGUCAUUCUUCCUCAUACAGUUUCAGAACUAUCUUCUCUACAUUGUCAACUUGUGAUUCAAAA